UCCCCAUAGGCCAAUCUCAGGCCACGAAGCUUGUGAGACAAGAGAGAGAAUUGUGAGAGAGAAUAUGUGGUGAUGCCAGCGAUGAAGUUGAAGGAUCAAAGCUUUCCCUGAGGUCAAAGCUGGCAUCUCUUCUAGGGUUUUUGUUUAAAUCUCUCUCCAUUCCUCUUUUCUCUCUUCUAUAAUGCUCUUCUCUCUCCUUCCAUGGACUCCAAAAUGUGAAUGCGAAUGCCAAUGAAUUUGAAGGAGUAGUUGAUGCUUGCUACUUGAUCCUUGGGCUGAAACUAUGGCUACUUCUCCAUCUGUUGCCGGUGGGGAAAAGAAGCACUGGUGGCUCAGGAACAAAAAGAUCGUGGACAAGUACGUGAAAGACGCUCGAUGCCUGAUCGCGACUCAAGAACAGAGCGAGAUCGCAUCAGCUCUCAAUCUCCUGGACGCGGCUCUGGGUUUGUCGCCACGCUUCGAAGUGGCUCUGGAGCUCAAAGCUCGGUCUCUUCUCUAUCUCCGGCGAUUCAAGGACGUCGCGGAUAUGCUUCAGGACUACAUUCCCAGUCUCAAAAUGGUGUCCGAUGAUUCUUCCUCCGACAACUCGUCUCAGCAGCUCUCCAGGGAGCGAGUCAAGCUUCUGUCCUCUUCCAACAACUCAUCCUCCGACUCACCGAUUCGUGACCCAUCUUUCAAGUGCUUUUCGGUUUCGGACCUGAAGAAGAAGGUCAUGGCCGGGCUCUGUAAAAACUGCGAAAAAGAAGGGCAAUGGAGGUACUUGGUUCUUGGCCAAGCUUGUUGCCACCUUGGCCUAAUGGAGGACGCCAUGGUUCUUCUCCAGACCGGAAAACGCCUUGCCAUGGCCGCGCUCCGGCGAGAGAGCAUAUGCUGGUCGGACGACAGCUUCUCAUUGUCCAAUUUUCCGAUCACCAACGACAUAACCACCAACAACGCCCCAGCGACGCCGCCCAGAACAGAGUUCGAGAGCAUCACACAGCUUCUCAGCCACAUUAAGCUCCUCCUCCGCCGCAAGACAGCCGCUCUGGCUGCCCUCGACGCUGGCCUCUACUCCGAGGCCAUCCGCCACUUCUCAAAGAUCCUUGAUGGUCGCCGCGGCGCCCCACAAGGGUUCCUUUCCGAAUGCUUCAUGCACCGAGCCACCGCCUAUCGAUCGGCGGGUCGAAUUGCAGAGUCUAUAGCUGAUUGUAAUCGAACUUUGGCUCUGGACCCGACUUGUAUUCAGGCUCUCAGCACCAGAGCUUCUCUUCUUGAAUCGAUCAGAUGCUUACCUGAUUGUCUUCACGAUCUGGAGCACCUGAAGCUUCUGUACAAUUCGAUUUUGCGGGAUCGAAAGCUUCCAGGGCCUGCUUGGAAGAGACACAAUGUGCAGUAUAGGGAGAUUCCAGGAAAGCUUUGCGCAUUGUCCACGAAAAUUCAGGAGCUGAAACAGAGGGUUGUUUCUGGGGAGACUGGGAACGUUGAUUACUACGCUUUGAUUGGGCUGAGACGUGGGUGUUCGAGGUCUGAAUUGGAGAGAGCCCAUUUGCUGCUUUGUCUAAGGCACAAGCCUGAUAAAGCUACAAACUUUGUGGAGAGGUGCGAUUUUGCGGAUGAUCGUGAUCUGGAUUCAGUCAAGGACAGGGCCAAGAUGUCUGCUUUGUUGCUCUACAGAUUGCUGCAGAAGGGGUAUUCAAGCGUAAUGGCCACAAUCAUGGACGAAGAAGCAGCGGAGAAACAAAGGAAAAAGGCAGCAGCAGCUCUACAAGCGACGGCUAUACAAGCCCAACAGACCCAAGAACAACCCAAGAAGGAAUCAGAACUCGAAAACCAAGCCACAGCGGCGCCCCAACAGCAAACUUCAACUGCAUCAGUUUUUCAAGGUGUGUUCUGCAGAGACCUUGCUGUAGUUGGAAAUCUACUGUCACAAGCUGGGUUCAAUCGUCCAAUUCCGGUUAAGUACGAGGCACUGAGCUGCUGACAAAAAUGGCCGUGAAAUCCAACUCUAGCAUAGUUUACCGGCGGGGGGAGUGAACCGGGACCCAAUUUAUUUUCUAUUUGUACAAAAGGAAAAUUUACAGAAUGCCGGAAAAUUUUGUCACCCUUUCUUUCUUUUUCCUAUCCACUGUACAUACACCCUUCUUUUUCCCAGUAUUGGAUAUUUCUCUUUGUUGGAUUUUUCCUAGUUUAAAGACGAAGUCAUUUUCUUC